GGUGCACCAGAGGGUGUAUUGGAACGAUGCACACAUGCUCGUGUUGGAAGCAAAAAAGUACCUAUGACACCUGAAAUAAAAAGCAAAGUAAUGGAUGUAAUUCGUCAGUAUGGAACUGGAAAGGACACUUUGCGUUGUCUGGCACUUGCAACUAUAGAUGAUCCUAUUAAACCAGAUCAGAUGGACCUCUCUGAGUCCAGCAAGUUUUUUAAAUAUGAGAAAAAUAUGACAUUUGUGGGAGUUGUUGGGAUGCUGGAUCCUCCAAGAAAGGAAGUUUUUGAUUCUAUUCAACGUUGCAAAGCUGCUGGAAUUAGGGUUAUUGUCAUUACUGGAGAUAACAAGGCUACUGCUGAAGCCAUCUGUCGUAGAAUUGGAGUUUUUGGUGAGAAUGAGGAUACUUCAGGUCUUUCUUUCUCUGGGCGUGAGUUUGAUGAUCUCUCUCCAAAUGAACAGAGAUUGGCAUGUGCCCGUGCUCGUCUCUUUUCCCGAGUAGAACCAGCCCACAAGAGCAAGAUUGUAGAGUUUCUUCAAGCUGAUGGAGAGAUUUCUGCUAUGACAGGUGAUGGUGUGAAUGAUGCACCUGCUUUAAAGAAGGCAGAGAUUGGUAUUGCCAUGGGCUCAGGAACAGCUGUAGCCAAGUCAGCAGCUGAAAUGGUAUUAGCGGAUGACAAUUUCUCCACCAUUGUGUCUGCUGUAGAAGAGGGCAGAGCGAUCUACAACAACAUGAAACAGUUUAUCCGUUACCUGAUAUCUUCUAACAUUGGUGAAGUUGUAAGCAUUUUCAUGACUGCUGCUUUGGGUCUUCCUGAAGCACUUAUACCUGUGCAACUCUUAUGGGUGAACUUGGUGACUGAUGGUUUACCAGCUACAGCCUUGGGCUUCAACCCUCCAGAUUUGGACAUAAUGGACCGUCCUCCAAGGAGAGCUGAUGAAUCUUUGAUUUCUGGGUGGUUGUUUUUCCGUUACAUGGCAAUUGGAAUAUAUGUUGGUGCUGCCACAGUAGGAGCAGCAGCCUGGUGGUUCAUGGUGGCAGAAGGAGGUCCUCACAUGAACUACUAUCAACUGACUCAUCAUUUAGCCUGUCCAAAUGAUCCAAAUAACUUCAAAGGAGUGGACUGUAAUGUGUUUAAUGACCCUCAUCCAAUGACUAUGGCAUUGUCUGUUCUUGUAACUAUAGAAAUGUUAAAUGCUCUUAACAGUUUGUCAGAAAACCAGUCUCUACUAGCUAUGCCUCCUUGGACCAAUUGGUGGUUAGUGUCAGCCAUAACACUAUCAAUGACUUUGCAUUUUAUGGUCUUGUAUAUUGAGAUCCUCUCGACUGUAUUUUCUAUUUGUCCACUCUCCUUUGAGGAGUGGAUGGCAGUAUUGAAGAUCUCCCUUCCAGUUAUCAUCUUAGAUGAAACAAUGAAGUUUGUAGCCCGCAAGUUUGUUGAUGCCAAACUCUCAGAAGACAUGAAAAUUGAGCCAGUUUGCCAGGUGGUGGUUCACACAACAAUUCCUCAUUCAUGGUCAGGUGCCAGUGAUAGCGAAGCAUGUCGAUAUCGAUAUCGUGAUAUUACAACAUCCCAACAUGGAAUGAACUCUGUAUAUUCACCCCACCAUGCCAACAUAACAGUUUUUUCCAAGUCUAAAUCAUCUAGUCUAACUCAAUGUAGACCAUUUUGUUUGUUGAGUGUAGAAGUUAAAGAGAACAAGAAGCUAACUUCCAGACAGUUUCAUCAACCGAGAUCAAGAAAAAACAGUAAGGCUGGUACUUCAGGUAUGCAGAGGUUCUACGCUUACUGGCUAGGAAAGUGGCAAGGCUGUAUUACCCGGCCGGUGUCUUCAGCUGGGCUUUAUAAGUUAUUUAGUUUGUCGUUUUUCUAUAUUGGAUGCGCUGCAAACUCUGGUGGUCCUUUUCCAUGUUUUCCCUUUUCCCCGUGUGAUGUUUACCGUUUGCUUUUCUCACUAUCUUUAAUGUUUUAUAUAUUUAGAAUUACGUGAAUAUAACCAUAAUAGUUAACUAUAUAGGUAAUAUCACAAUUUUUGUUUUCGCAACUAAAAUAUAUUUAAUAAAAGUACCCGAUACUAUAUUACUUUAUCUGAAAUAAUCACCCAAUACUUUCAAAAAUGACGUCAAACCACAAAAUAUAAAGUAGUCAAAUCCCAUUCUUUUCACAACCAAUACUAUUGAAGAACUUCCCAACAAAUAAUCAUGGUUUAAAAUUAUGUUAAGGUUUUUGUGGCUGAUUUACCUAGAACCACCUGUACCACUUACCCGACUAUCUUGAAACUAGAUAUCCAACAUUGUAAGAAUGUGUUAAAAAAUUCUUACACAAUAAACCUAUAGUUACACGUAAGACAAUCAACCAAUUUUUCAAUCGCUGUGAACGCCAUUUUAUGAAAAACAAACUAGUUUAGAAUUCAAUUCUAUUGACAUUAACUUCAAACGAUCAUUGCGAACAAGUUAUUCUCUCUGAAAAUAAUUCGAAAAAUUAUCUGUAUCUCAGUUUUACCGACUCUUACUUCUGUUGUUUAUGAGAAUGAAUAUCCGUUUUUGUUAUUUUAGCAUCAAUCAUGUUAUUAUAAAACAAAUAUUUUCCGAGCAAUCUUACCAACCUUCCAUCUCCUUUUACUAAAAAUACUUUACGUUUUUUCCACCGAAACACCAGGUCAAUUUAUUGACUUCUCCUGUCAAUUUGUCUUUCAUAUUAAAAUACCAGAGAAAAUUAUUUUGCAAAAAAUAUUAUGUAGCCGUUCCAGCGACUUCGGCCCAGCAAACGUAUUCAGCAGACAGCAAGAAGAGAGGAGACAUUUUAACUCUGCACCUCAUAAAUAACUUUGUAAAUUCUCGAGGAUGACUGGAAGUAAUCUUUUAUUAAACUUUUUUUCUACAUUAAAGAGCUUUCGACAAACAACCAUAUAAUGAAUUGUUGUUUAUUUAGUUGUUGCAGUUCCCUAAAUUAUAGAAACUACCUUUGGUAUAUGUACGGUUCAAUUAAGAGCUUUCGACAAACAACCAUAUAAUGAAUUGUUGUUUAUUUAGUUGUUGCAGUUCCCUAAAUUAUAGAAACUACCUUUGGUAUAUGUACGGUUCAUUAGGUUCGUUCUUGUGAUACUGAUUACUUAUUUAUACUCCAUGGAAUUAUGUUUUUAUUAACACAGUUACCUAAAUUAUAGAAACUACCUUUGGUAUAUGUACGGUUCAUUAGGUUCGUUCUUGUGAUACUGAUUACUUAUUUAUGCUCCAUGGGAAUUAUGUUUUUAUUAACACAGUUACCUUUUUUGUUUUUCACAGAUGAGUAUAGUCUGGUUAAUAAGGUUCUUUAGUUUCUGUUUUCCAUUAUUAUUGAUCGAGAAAUUCAGAUUUUGCAAGACACGUUUUUAUCGAUGGUAGCUAGAUAAAUAUUAUUGGAUAUUUAGGUUCAGAUUUCUUUUAACGUUGGAAUAACAUGCUUUUUAUGUUAUUUAAGCAUCAGAUACUAGAUAAGUUUCGUCUUCCAGUAUUUUGUCACCAAAGUUGUAGUUGUAUUCUUGUUAUUACAUGCAUCCAUAGGUCAGAACAUUAAUUUAUUUACAAAAUACAUCUUUAAUACUUGUUAUCAAAGUAAUAGAAGCUUUCAUUUUUUUAUUCCUUAAUGUAAUGGUUGUCACAAGAUGUAGCAAGUUGAAAAUAUACUUAGAAAUGAGUGACUUUACGGAAUGUUUUCAUUUAGUUUUCAAUUUCUUUCAAUAGUAACAUUUAUACCAAGCCAAUGUAUUUCUCUGUAGAAUAAAAAGUUCAAAUGUGUGUAUCCAACCUUGAGGUUUUAUCAUAAGAUAUACCAAAUGUAUGUCGAGAAGUUUUGUAAAUUGAAAUAUUGUACAGUAGAAAUAAAGAUAUUUGACUUUGAAAA